AGGACAAAUGUUAGUUGACAUAUGGCCUUCUCCAAUAUGCAGGCGCGGACAAUGACAUACUCCGACGUCAAUCGACUCCAACUACAAUACCUCGUCGACGAAUUAUUUUCAGACCCAGUCGAAUACCUCAGAGCAUAGAUUCGAAGAACUCCCCUCUCGCUCGAACGUCUUCUGAAGGUUCCUCACCAGGUAGAUCACUCUCCUGCUAAGUCGCCUCGCAUAUUAUGGUGGGACUUCCGACCUGGCUCGGUGGCACCGCCACUCCCUCACAACCUGAAUCGGCCCGACCAAAGUCGAAAGACGGCGGCUUUGUCGCCCCUGAUCGCAGUUCGAGAGAAGUCUGUUACGAGUCGCGGGAUCUUUUCUUUGAGUGCCUGGACAAGAACAACAUCCUGGACGCGAUCAAGGAAGAUGGAAAGGCUCGAAAAGUAUGCUCCGAGGAAGUCACAGCCUACGAGAGAGAUUGCGCAAGAAGUUGGAUCAAGUACUUCAAGGAGAAGCGUGUAAUGGAGUACAAUCGGGAUCAAACACUCGCGCGGAUACAACAGGACGAUGCGAAAAUGGCUGCGAAAUCCAAAUCAGAAAGAGGGAAGGGUUCAUGGUUUGGUUGAUGCUUCGAACGGUACCAUGCACGACGGCACCAACAGUGAUAUAUUUGCGAGGCGAUUCGAGAACCUACAACUUCUUCCGACAAGAUAUGGCAUAAAUGUGACCAUGUUGCGUUCACAGCAUUGAUGAACAUUCGCAACGUAUCUUGCAUGUCGGGGUUUUGAAAUAUUGCGGCAUUUACAAACAUUAUAUUGUAUAAAGGACGGCUACGG